ACUGCGCAACAAGUCCGAGGGCGCAAGAAGUAGAUGAUGAGAGUGAAUGACAACACUGCAUGCAGUAGCUCAGAAAGGAGACGGAUUUUAAGUGGAUGAUUGGGUACGAUGUUAUUCCCCAGCCACAUAUUUAAUUCAUGCCGCCGCUUGGAGAGGAUGUGUCGCAGUAAAGUUUAUCCGGACUUUGAAAGCGCGCCGUUGGAAGUUUUCCCUACGCAUGCCGCAGCACAGAAAGCAGGUUGUACGACCUACUAUAACACAGAAUGGCAAAGAUGCAGCUUUUCACACCCAUGAUGUUUUACUUUUCUCUCGGGUUUAAUGGUAAAAGUAGCGCUGAAAGUUGACAGCUAUUGGGGACGCGGCAGGUGAGCAGCAACGCGUGAGAUUUGGACUGCAGCUCGAUCUCAGGCUGUCCUUUAAUGUAACGGAAGGCAAUGUGAAAUGGUCCCGACUUGUCAUAGAAGCUGGGAGGAUAUAACUUGAAAGGAGCGCGCAUUUAAAAGGAUUUCAGUCCACCAUGAGAGCGUUGAGUUUGCUGUGCGUAAUAGUCGGGCUGUGGGAGUCGAGCCUGAGCAACAGAAACUGUCCGGACCUGAUCGUUGACAGCUGUCACUGCUCGGCUGAGAGGUCCAAGGAGCUGAGCAGGCAGCACGUCCGAGUCAAAGUUGUGUGUGAUGAUGUGGACUUGAUGGACACCCUGCAGCCCAGUUUCUUACCCAACAGAACCGUUUCUCUAAACCUGAGUAACAACAAGAUCUCCCUGCUGAGGAAUGGCUCCUUCUAUGGCUUGGCUGCCCUGGAAAAACUGGACCUGAAGAAUAAUUUGAUAAGUACAGUGGAGCCCGGGGCCUUCCGUGGUCUGCUAGCCCUGAGGAGACUGGACCUGUCCAACAACAGGAUUGGCUGUCUCUCCCCUGAAAUGUUUCUUAAUCUGGGCAACCUCUCAAAAUUGAAUUUAUCGGGGAACAUCUUCUCCACGCUGACCGUGGGACUCUUUACACACCUCGUGGCUCUCAGAGUGCUGCACUUCAGCACCGAGACUUUGUUCUGUGACUGUCAGCUUAAGUGGCUGCUCCUCUGGGCUCGAAGCAACUCUGUGAGGAUUGGCAACGACACAGUGUGUGUGUUCCCUACCCACCUCCACGGACUGGAGUUUUGCAACCUGCGUGAACAGCAGCUCAGAUGUGAUGGACCUCUGGAGAUGCCCCUCUUCCAGCUCAUCCCCUCCCAGAGACAACUGGUUUUUCAUGGAGACCGUCUACCCUUGCAGUGCACUGCCUCGUACCUGGACACGUCAGUGGAGUUGCGGUGGCGUCACAACGGCCACAUCGUGAGCACGCAGGAGGACCGGGGCAUCUACGUGGAGGAAACCCUGCUUCAUGACUGCUGCCUGCUGACCAGCGAGGUCAUCCUCUCCAACAUUGACGUGGGCAUCGCUGGCAUCUGGGAGUGCCUGGUGAGCAGUUCCCGUGGCAACACUUCUCAGCAAAUGGAGAUAGUUGUUCUGGAGACGUCAGCACCAUACUGCCCCUCUGACAGAGUCACCAAUAACAAGGGGGAGUUCAGGUGGCCAAAGACUUUAGCUGGCAUCCUGGCCUUCCUGCCCUGUCCUGCCACCUUUGGCUCUGCCCCCCACUCCAUACAGAGGGAGAAGAAGGCGUGGCGGAGCUGUGACCGUGUUGGACGGUGGGCCGAAGAGGACUACACUCAGUGCCCGUAUGCCAGUGAACUGACCCGCGAGCUGCAUGACCUCACACAGAUAACUAUUAAUACCACAAAUGCUCAGCCUCGCCAACAGUUAGUGGCCAUCACCAGCAGGGCGGCACACUUCACAGAUGUCAUGGAUGUCAUCUUUGUCACACACCUGGUGGAGAGACUGACAAGGCUGGUGGAAAAGCGUAGAGAUCUUGGGGACUACAUAUCAGACAUAGCCAGCAACAUGAUGCUUGUGGAGGAGCAUAUCCUGUGGAUGGCACAGAAUGAGGCCAGAGCGUGCACUCGGAUCGUCCAGUGUGUGGAGCGCAUUGCUGACCUGGCGCUGACCAGAGACAAUCAGGUCAUUUCUAAGGUAUCUGCUAACAUAGCCCUGGAGGCCUUUCUGAUCCGGCCGUCUAACUUUUUCGGUCUCUCCUGCACGGCACUUCAACGCCCCCCCUCGUCUGCCACCUCGCCGCUCCCUGACAGCCACUCCCACACUGACAAGGACACGAGCAGAGAGCAUGAUGCCGUGGGAGAAUCGUUGCUCAACAUCAAAUGCCACACUGUCAACAACAGCGGCUCACCGGGCAGUCAGCUCAGCAAGAACUCAGUGGCAGUCGCCUCAAUCCAUUUACCGCUGGCUGGUACGCCUAUAUCCUCCUCUGCGUUGCAAUCUGUUGAUAACUCCACUUGCAAGCUGCAGUUUAUUGUGUUUCGCAAUGGGAAACUCUUUCCUUGCACGGGGAAUUCGUCAAAUCUCGCAGAUGAUGGGAAGCGUAGGAGCGUUUCAACACCAGUUGCUUUCACCAAAUUAGAUGGGUGCAGCCUCGGGAGCGCCGUGCACUCCGUUACUAUCGCUCUCAGGCACUUCGCACUGGGUGUAGACCCCACUGCAGCCUAUUGGGAUUUUGACCUGCUGGAUGGACACGGUGGCUGGAGGGCAGAGGGCUGUCACAUAACAGGCUCCGGGGGCAACACGACCACUGUUCAUUGCACCCAUCAUAAUAACUUUGCUGUGCUAAUGGAUCUGAAGAAGGUGCUGUCUUUCCCCCCAUACCCUGGGGAGUUUCUGCACCCGGUCGUGUAUGCCUGCACAGCGGUCAUGUUGCUCUGCCUCUUCGCCUCCAUCAUUACGUACAUAGUGCACCACAGCGCAAUCCGCAUCAGUCGGAAGGGAUGGCAUAUGCUUCUCAACUUCUGUUUCCACACGGCUCUGACCUUUGCUGUGUUUGCCGGUGGCAUCAAUCGAAUCAAAUACCCCAUCAUCUGUCAAGCAGUCGGGGUCGUGCUGCACUACUCGUCUCUGUCGACCAUGCUGUGGCUCGGAGUGACGGCCAGGAACAUUUAUAAACAGGUGACCAAGAAGCCUCCGCAGAGCCAAGAUGGUGACCCGCCUCCAACCCCUAAACAGCCCCUGUUGAGAUUUUAUUUAGUCAGUGGUGGAGUGCCCCUCAUCAUCUGCGGGGUCACAGCAGCCGUCAAUAUCGACAACUAUGGCAGCAAGGAGCAAGCGCCGUACUGCUGGAUGGCAUGGGAGCCUAGCCUUGGAGCCUUCUUUGGCCCUGUGGCCUUCAUCGUCCUGGUGACAUGCAUCUACUUCCUCUGUACCUUCAUCCAGCUGCGGCGACACCCUGAAAAGAAGUAUGAGCUCAAGCAGCUGACGGAGGAGCAGCAGAGACUAGCUGCCGUUGACGUGCCGACCCACUGCCACCAGGGAGCCGAGCCUGGGGCCCUGGCAGCCCCACCCAGUGGGAGCCACUGCCCUGCUGGCUGCCCAGGCGUCCCCAUCAACCCUGCGCUGUUGGCCAAUGAGCACUCCUUCAAGGCUCAGUUACGAACGGCGGCCUUCACCCUUUUCCUGUUCCUGGCCACUUGGACUUUUGGGGCGCUGGCCGUGUCACAGGGCCACUUCUUGGACAUGAUCUUUAGCUGCCUUUACGGUGCCUUCUCUGUCACCCUUGGCCUCUUCAUCCUCAUCCAUCAUUGCGCCAAGCGUGAUGAUGUCUGGCAUUGCUGGUGUUCCUGUUGUCCCGGACGACACGCCAAUGCCUGCUCUGGCGCCCAUGGUCCAACUCAAGUGCGGCCAAAGGUCAACGUGAAUGGAGAUACCCCCGGGCAUGGCCACAGCCACUGCCAUCAUGAUUCACCAUGUCAGGGUAAAGCACUGAUGAGCUGCGGUCAUAGCAGUUUAGCUCACUGUAAACACGCCGCCCUUCCGUCCUCGCAAAAUCACGUGACCUGCCUGGCACCGGUGACGCCAUGCUGCGCCGCCCUGCAUAGCCAGCAGCUAAUGGAAGAGGAGCCUGCGGCUACACACGUGCUAUUACAUGCUGACCCAGAGGGUUACCGGCCGGGUAUCCAGUUGCACCCCUGCCUAAAGAGCAGCACCAGGACUAAAGGCCGUCACUUUAGCCGCCGGGCUGGGGCCGGUGCUUGCGGAGCAGGGAGUGAGAGGGAGUACGCCUAUCACAUCCCCUCCAGUGUGGAUGGAGGCAGCGUGCACAGCUCACACACUGACAGCCCCCACAGCACACAUGAGCGUCACGCCCACAUCUGUCCACAUCUGGCCCACGAAGGCCACCAUGAUGGGCAUCACACAUGCCACGCCGCUACACCCACCACGCACGAGGCCCUGGCAUGCCAUAAUCCCUGCCACAGGCAUAUCUGCUGUGCUAAGGCAGACCUUUUCCCUUCUCUGUGCCCAGCAGAGACAGGCGACACGGGCGUCUUCCUGUGUGGCUGCGGCAAAGUGGCCGAGCAGGACCCGACGGCAACACCUCAUCAUCUGGAGAUGCACGCCCCACGCAGACAAUCCUACCCCCAGAACCCGCCCAAUCAGAAUGGGAUUCUGAAGGGGGGGCUGCAUGAAGGACUCCUGUACACCUCGGACAGCACAGGGAAUAUACGCACUGGACCCUGGAAGAAUGAAACUACUGUGUAGUGUGGGAUGGAAAAACAGGGGACUGCCUCGUCCCACCAAAAAUAAACCCUCGCCUCCCUUUCUAGAAUAAAAAUAAUUAAUUGAACUACAUUUUAAACAUCACAAUCAGCGUGGGAUAUUUUUAUUUUAAUGUCCUCAUGUUUUUAUGUGUGCUGUUUUACUGUACAGUAAUCUGAUAUCAUGUAAAUGCUCCCUGAAGAGCAUCCAUACACAGAACAGAAUCUCUUCCACCAAGAAGAAUUUGUGAAAUGUGUGUCACAUCACCAUCAGAUGUAAUUGAAGGUAUUUCCACUGUUCCAUAUUACUACAGAUCUCUCUCUCUAUAUAUAGAUAUAUAUACAAGAAAAUGAAUGGUUGUAUGUAUGAAUAUGUGUGUUAGUGCUCAAAGGCAACACGCUGCAAGAUUUUUUUACACUUUAAAUCUGAAUCCAUCAGAUAGUCUAUGAUGACAGCGAACCUCCAGUACUUUAAAGAACUCUUGGCAUCCAUGUUUUAGAUGACUAAACCAGCAAUUUUAGACUUCAUGGGUAUUUUUGCCAUUCAGUCAAGCAACUGUGAAUAUCUACUAGAGAUUUUCUAAAUAAUAUACAAUGAUACUGUCGCUUGCCAGAGAUGUGUGGAUGCCAGUUAACUUGUGAAGAUUCAAAACAACAGAAAAAGAAAAGUGAAAUUAAGCAUCCUCGUCCAGGUUGGUAUUGAUUGUGCUGUCUGUAUCAUGUCUUCACUGAUGUGUUUCUUUUUUCUGGAGAGAAGUAAAUAACGGCAGCAUCAACAGCAACAAUGUGGCCAUUGUGAAUGGAGAGUUGGUGUCACAGAGUGAUUGGAUCCAGAGCAAUUUUUCGUAACACUGUGCCGAAUAGAAAGGGGUGUAGGACUAGGGGGACAAAGGGGACUGAGCAUGCAGGGCCUUCACGUGAGGAGGGCCCAAAAAGAUACUCGAAUCAAUAGCCUUGGGGAGGGGCCCACAGAGAUGUAAAGGGUCCAGAGUUUGUGCUAUGCCCCUGCACAUAGAGCCAGGUCCUGACAGCGAGUUCAAUUGCCAAACUAGUGUGCAGGUUUUUUACUCUCUUCAGCUCAGCUCACACAUGCUAUCAGCCAUCAGCAUAUGAUCCUUUGUCAAAUCAAAUAAUUUAGGGAAAAAGAAUGUGAAUGUGAUUAAAGAAGAAAGAAGAAGAAACAACAAGCUGCUUUGGGAAACCCAGCUGUGCCCAAUGUCCUAUUAUUUUCCCUCUAAAUAAAAACUACUAAAACAUUUUAGCCAACUUCACCCACUAUUAGCUAAAGCGCCAAAAUGACAGAUGACAGGAAUUAGUUCAUAUUUUCACUUAUUUCUAAGACCCAGCGCAUGCCUAUCCUGUUGAGUAUAGCUAAGUGCAAUUUCUUUUAACAGUGUAAAUGAACGCCCAUCCAUAAAGACAGUAUUUGCCUCGAUUCAAUAUGACUGCUGCAGCUUUUAUGUAUCAUUUUUGUCACACUCUUGGAUUAAGCCUAGUUACCAGCAAAUACUUUAUUAUUUCCCACUAGUGAUCUCAUUAUAACAAGACUUUAGUUUUAUCCUAGAAUCCAGUACAGUUGGUUCUGCUUUGGGAGAUAACGUGUGUCAGGAUAGGCCAAGGUUGAAGUAUGGAUUGUUUUCUUUUUUUUUGUUACGAUGAAGGUCACAUUCUCUUUGAAGAAUUGCCACCCAAAAUGGAAGGCAAAAGAGGCUCUGUAUUGAUUUAGAAGCACUUGUUUCCUCCUCUAGACAAAACCAGUCAUACAUUUCGUCAGAAAAGCCAAACUUAAAAAAAGGUACACCCAAGCAGCGCAUAUAAUCUCACAACAAAUCCUGCGAAACCACCUCAGCAUGCAUACCAUCUCUUUAUCCAUCUUGUGCACUCUUGUAUGUGUAUAUAGAAUCAGUUUCUGAUAAAUUAUUUUAUAUGAGAUUUAAGAUAUUUAAGAAUAAAACAAGUCUAUAUGUAAAGAAAGUUGUAUGGAAAAAAACUGACCUCUCAAUGUUAAUACUCAGUAUCUGAGUUUAGAAAUUUCAUUUUUGUUUUCAAAUGCCUUUUUCUGUUGCAACUUUAGUUGACUUCAUAAAGUAUGCAGACUCGCCAUGUGUUGUGAGACUUAUCCUGUCAUAUCAAAAAUAGAAAUGCACUACCCAUAGUAACAUUUGGCCUGCCAGAAUACAAUGUGUCACUUACAGUGUGUUUAUUAUAGAAAUGUUUGUUCAGACAGAAAAAUUUGAAUUAAAAAGUGACAUCUGCAGAAAAUAAAAGAGAAAUAUUAAUGUGAUACUCCCUUUAUUUGGGAAGGCCCUGGUAGACAUCCAUGAUCAUGCAUGAUCCUGAUAGCUUUGCACAGGCCCACUGGAUUUACUCACAGGGCCUGGGACAAAAUGGCAUAUAAUGGGCCCACUUUAUGAGUUAUAAUACAGUGGCCUACAACUGAUCACAUAAUACAGGCUCCUUUGAGCCAUCUAAGAUGCUGGCAGUCAGUGGCCCUGGCUUUACAGUUAUUGGAAAGGGAUUUGUAACAGUAUCACAACAAAACAUUUGAAAUCAGCCUCUCCUGCUAAACCCACCUUAAACUGAGAUAACAUUGAUCUAGGUUAAUUGCUGUACAACAUGUGUAUUUGCUGGUGGUGUGUCUUAGGAGCAGCCUGAGCUUUUCAGUGUCUGUGAGACGAUGUGUUUGGUAUGACAGGCCACCGUAGGCCAACUUCUCUGUUGUCAUCAGUAGCAGAUGUACUGCCUUCAACGAGCUUGCUGACUUAGUUUUGGCUCACCAGACGGCUGCUGGAAUAUUCACCUGUGGUACUGUGACAAAACCUAAAGCCAGUUUUCACUUUUUUCUACAUUGACACAGAUUCCAAUAAAUGUAUUUUUUCACCAUGCAAUGGAUGAGAGCAUC